AUGACACCGCCCCCACGUUCCCCAGUAGACGCACUUGAUUCGCAUUCACAACGCGCAGGCGAAUCGCAACACGCAGGCGCACCCGAAUCUCAACAUGCCCUCGAAUCGCACGCGCACCCCGUCCCGACCACAGACCACCUCAUCAAGGAUCGCGCGCAGCUGAACCAGUACCACAUCAUCUCGCUCAUUGGCGCAGGGUACCACGGCAAGGUCUACUAUGCGAAGAAGGUCAGGUCGCAGCCGCCAGUCGGCGUCCGGCGCGUGGCCAUCAAAGCCCUCCGCCGCGACACCCCCCAAGACCGCACGCGCCUCCUCCGCAAGAGCGCGUUCCCCAAAUCCGACGAGCAUACUCCCGUAGGCGACAAGCUGGGCGCCGCGGAGCCCGAAAUCCGGAGGGAGAUUGCGAUCAUGAAGAAGCUCACGCAUGCGCAUGUCGUGAGGUUGUACGAGGUUAUAGACGACCGUAUGCAGGAUAAGAUCUAUAUGGUGAUGGAAUAUUGCGCCGGUGGAGAGGUCACCUGGACGAGCAACGACCAGCCUAUUCUAACUGUAGACCAAACGCGGCGGAUAAUCCGGGAUGCCAUUCUGGGCCUUGAAUACCUGCACUAUCAAGGCAUUAUCCAUCGAGAUAUCAAGCCCGCGAAUCUGCUGUACAGCCGCGAUCGCAGCGUCGUCAAGAUCGCCGACUUUGGCAUCUCGCAGUUCUCCAAACCGCUGCGGCUCGAGUCGGCCGGAAAGUACGCCGCGAACGACGUCGAUGACCCCAUCCUCCUCGAGAACAAGGGCCUCUCGCGUGCGGGCACGCCCUCCUUCCUGGCGCCCGAGCUCGUGAGCGAGCACGCAGGCCCACGCCCCUCCGUCACGAAGGCAGUCGACAUCUGGGCGCUCGGCGUGACGCUGUACUGCCUGCUCUUCGGUAUCCUGCCCUGGCGGCCGGAUCCGGAUAUCCCUGUUCAGGCGAAGCAGUACAACGUCUGGCGGAAGAUCGCGGAGGAGGACUGGGAGGCGCUGGACACGAUGGGCGCCGACCUUAUGCCCACGGGCGGUCGCCAUCCGCCUGCUGACCUGACAGACACGGGCGCGGGCAUCAUCAGACUUCUCGACCACUUUCUGCAAAAGGAUCCCGCGAAGCGCAUCACGCUCGAGCAGGCCAAGGUUCGUCGUGUUGCUGAUUCUCUGCCAUGCACUUUUUCUCCGUCAUGCGCGCUUUCUGCGAUAGGCCGCGAGCUAACCCUUCCUUUCUUGUAUAGCAACACGACUGGAUUCUCCACCGUAUCGCCGGGCCUGAGAAGUGGCUCGAGGUUACGUCGCAGGGGAAGAUCGACGUCGAUGACCACGAGACGACGGCAGCAGUGUCCACCGUGCGCUUCCGCUGGACGUGGGCGCCUCGUCUAG